CUGAAAAUGUUGUGGUAGGAGAUGAUACUGAAAAUGUUGUGGUAGGAGACGAGACUGAAGAUGUUGUGGUAGAAGAUGGGGCAGAAGAUGUCGUUCGAGUCACUAGUUCUGAGUAUUGGGAUGUAAAUGUUAUUAAUGAGGAGGGUUAUGUUUCAAACACAAGUUUAAGUGUGAAAGACUUGGUUGCAAAAUCAGAGCCUGGUGGAACAUGGAUAAUACUUGAAUGGGAUAAGACUCAUCGUGCAGUAGGACCAGCAGCUGGUUUGUUAGCAGGGUAUUUGGGAAUAAUUAUUAGAAUGUUUAAAGACUUUCCCAUAAUGUUCGAGAGUUGGAGGGAUAUUCCAUUGGAUAGAAAAACAAAGUUUUAUGAUUCAAAGAUAAAGCGCCAUUUUGUUGCUGAUGAUGGGCAUGACAAAGAUUACAUACUUGCUUCUGCUACAAAGAAAUGGAAGGAUGGCCGUUGCCAAUUGUUUCAAAGAUUUUAUAGAUGGGAUCUCACUUUAGAGGAAAAUCUUCAAAAUUAUCCAAAAUGCAAAGGCAUUACGGAAAAUGAUUGGGUUGUUUUUGUUCAAUAUAGGCGGAAAGAAAAAACACAGAGAAUAGCAAAACAAAAUGCCGAGAAUAGAGGAAAAUUGAAGACUCCGCAUACACUUGGAUCUAAGUCGCUUGCAAGGAAGCAACAUGAGUUGGAAUCAAGAGAUGGCCGAUCAUACAGUAGAGGAGAAAUGUAUGUAGUUUCUCAUAAAAAGUCUAAUGGGUCUUUUGUCAAUGAAGAUGCAUACAACAAUAAUGAAAAAUUACAAGCUGCAAUUAAGGAUUCCGUGUCUGAAAAUGAGGCAUUUGAGAAAGUAUUCGGAAAAGAACAUCAUGGAUAUGUUCGUAGCAUGGGACUUGGAGUUGCGCCAUCUCAAAUUAAUAGAUCUACGAGAUCAUCGUCUUCUUUUGAAGAAAAUGAAAAAAUAAAGGAAAUGCAAGAAGAAAUUAAUGCACUUAAAGAAAAGAAUUCAAAAAUUGAUGAAUUGAUGGAGGCAAUCGCAUUCUUAAAGCAAAGGGACAAUGCUAGGAAGGAGGAAAUUGAACUCUUAAUGCAAAUGCAAAAUUCUAGUGAAAGACAUGGAUUGGAAUCACCUGUUGAUGGAAGACGUUCUUCUGAGUCUAGCUACCGAAUUGCAGAUAAUGGAUCAUCAAGAAGGACAAAUUAG